UAAUUAUUGAAAAAAAACAUCAACAUUUGUAUUGAUUGUUUAUAAAUUUUAGGACAUAUUUUAAAUAGCCUAUGAGAAUCUUUUGCAACACAUUCUAAAGAAAAAAAAUUUCUAAAAAAUGCUGAUCUGAUUUAAAAAAUGGAAUAAGCAUGAAUAUUUACAUCACCAAGCAAUUAUCUACAUCAAUUUAUAGAAUAUCAAAUUCUACACUUAACCAAAGUAUUGUUUCAAAUCUAAGAGCAAUUUCCACAUCAGCAGCUAUGUCGAACAAGAACAGAACCUUCGAAUUACCUAGUAGGUACAAAGGAACUAAAGAAAGCGUCUGGACUGAGUACAUUCAAAUGGCUCUAGAUUACAAACCGUUGAACCUCGGGCAAGGUUUCCCCGACUAUCCACCACCCAAAUACAUAAUGGACGCCCUAGCGAAGGCUUCGAAUCAAUCCGAUUACAUGCUUCAUCAAUACACUCGAGGAUUUGGUCACCCUAGACUUGUAGCGGCUAUCGCAAAGUUAUAUUCGAAGCUGAUAGGUAGAGAAAUAAACGCUAAAACCGAAGUUAUAACGACAAUCGGCGCCUACGAGGCUCUAUUCUCCACCAUCAUGGGUCACACUGAAGUAGGAGAUGAAGUUAUAAUCAUCGAACCGUUCUAUGACUGUUACGAACCAAUGGUUAGGUAUGCUGGAGGGAUACCUAAAUUCGUACCGCUUAGAUUGAAAGAAGUCAGCGGAAGGUUACCGACCUCGGCCGAUUGGGUGCUAGAUAAGGAUGAAUUAGAGAGCGCAUUUAACGAGAAAACCAAAAGCAUAAUCAUUAACACACCGAAUAACCCACUAGGAAAAGUUUUCACCGAAGCUGAGCUGACCCACAUUGCAAAUUUGUGUAAAAAAUGGAACGCGCUGUGCAUAUCCGAUGAAGUCUACGAAUGGAUCGUGUACAAACCCAACAAACACAUCCGAAUCGCUACUUUGCCCGGCAUGUGGGAGAGAACCAUAACCAUCGGCUCGGCCGGUAAAACCUUCAACGUGACCGGUUGGAAGAUGGGCUGGGCGUAUUGCCCCGCAAACCUGAUGAAAAACCUGCAGAUGAUCCAUCAAAAUACGGUCUACACGGGCGUGACGCCCAUACAGGAAGCCACAGCGAUCGGGUUCGAGAUCGAAGUGGAAAGAUUGGACAGCGACGAAUGUUUCUUCAAUCAACUGCCUAAAGAGCUGGAAAGUAAAAGGGAUUAUAUGGCUAAUAUGUUGGUAAAUGCCGGUAUGAAGCCUACGAUACCUGAAGGGGGGUACUUCAUGUUGGCUGAUUGGACUCCAUUAGAGUCUAAAAUUGAUUUGAGCGGCGAGAAAGAUAUGCAGAAAGAUUAUAAAUUUACCAAGUGGAUGACGAAGAGCAUCGGGCUACAAGGAAUCCCGCCUUCGGCGUUUUACGGCGAAUCGCAUAAGAAUUUAGGGGAAAAUUUCGUUAGAUAUUGCUUUAUAAAGAAAGACGAAAAUCUCCAAAAAGCCAAUGACAUAUUACUGAAAUGGAAAUCGUCGUUAAAAUAGUGCAAUCUUUAUAAAUAUUAUUACAAUUCUAUAUUAUUUUUAUUAUACAACAUUGUUGAGUUAAA